AUGUCUGAGCGGGCCGCAUUCAGAGGUGGUCGAGGUGGCGGUCGAGGCGGCGAUCGCGGCGGACGCGGAGGUAGAGGCGGCCAGGGCGGGGGAGCAGGUGCAGGCCAGACGGAGCGACCCAAGAAGGAAAACAUCCUUGACUUGAGCAAAUACAUGGACAAGCGCAUAACUGUCAAGUUCAAUGGCGGCCGGGAAGUCAUCGGAACACUCAAGGGCUAUGAUCAACUCAUGAACCUUGUGCUGGAUGAAGUCAAAGAGGCCAUGACGGACGAGGAUGGCAAUGUCCAAUACCGAAAACUCGGCCUCAUCGUCGCUCGCGGUACGCUGCUCGUCGUGAUUUCCCCCGUCGACGGGAGCGAAGAAAUUGCGAACCCCUUCAUACAAGAGGACGAAUGA